AUGAAGCGGCCAAAGUUAAAAAAAGCGAGUAAACGCAUGACCUGCCAUAAGCGGUUUAAAAUCCAAAAAAAGGUACGAGAACACCAUCGAAAAUUGAGGAAGGAAGCCAGAAAACGGGGUCACAAGAAGUCUAGAAAAGAUCCAGGAGUUCCAAACAGUGCUCCCUUUAAGGAGGCUCUUCUUCGGGAAGCUGAGCUGCGAAAACAGCGGCUAGAAGAACUAAAGCAGCAGCAAAAACUUGACAGACAAAAGGAACAGGAAGCAAAAAGAAAACUGGGAACUAACCCUGCUGUCGAAUCAUCUAAUGGAACUCCUGUGAACGAGGAACUUGGACAAGAUAAAACAAAGAACACCACCAAGUCAAGUAAACAGAAUCCAAAAAAGUUAUAUUGUCAGGAACUUAAAAAGGUGAUUGAGGCCUCAGAUGUUGUGCUAGAGGUAUUAGAUGCCAGAGAUCCUCUUGGUUGCAGGUGUCCCCAGGUAGAAGAGGCCAUUGUCCAGGCUGGACAUAAAAAGCUGAUACUUGUGUUAAAUAAAUCAGAUCUUGUGCCAAAGGAGAAUUUGGAGAGCUGGCUAAAUUAUUUGGAGAAAGAAUUGCCAACAGUGGUGUUCAAAGCCUCAACCCAUUUAAAAGACAAAGGAAAACUAAUCAAGAUGAAGAAAGCUGCUCAAUUCAAAAGUACAGUCUGCUUUGGGAAAAAAGGUCUUAUGAAGCUUCUUCGAGGAUUUCAGGAGACUUCUGGCAAAGCCAUUUGCGUUGGAGUUAUUGGUUUCCCAAAUGUGGGUAAAAGCAGCAUUAUUAAUAGCUUAAAACAAGAACAAAUAUGCAGUGUUGGUGUAUCCAUGGGGCUUACAAGGAACAUGCAGGUUGUUCCCCUGGACAAACGGAUAACAAUCAUAGACAGUCCCAGCUUCAUUGUGUCUCCACUUAAUUCGGCCAGUGCACUGGCUAUGAGAAGUCCAGCAAGUAUUGAGGUAGUAAAACCAAUGGAGGCUGCAAGUGCCAUCCUGUCCCAGGCUGAUGCUCGACAGGUAGUAUUGAAAUACACCGUCCCAGACUAUAAAAACCCUCUGGAAUUUUUUACUUUGCUUGCUCAGAGAAGAGGACUACAUCAAAAAGGUGGAAGCCCAAAUAUGGAAGCUGCUGCCAGACUGCUGUGGUCUGAGUGGACAGGUGCCACCCUAGGCUACUAUUGCCAGCCUCCCAUAUCCUGGACUUGCUCUUCACAUUUUAAUGAGAGUACAAUGGCAGCUAUGAAAUUGGGCUUUAAUAUGGAGGAACUGGAUAAGAACAAUGCACACAGUAUACAAGUCAUCAGGGGCUCCCGUUUAGCUAGUAGCAUCCUUUUCCAAUCUUCUGGUCUCACAAACGGAAUCAUAGACGAAAAUGACAUACCUGAGAAGUUGUCAAAACAGAAAGAGCAGCAGGAAGAGGACAGUGACAGUGACCAGGAAAGUCUUGAUGGUGAAGAAGCUGAUGAAAACAGCACAUUCAGUUCUGCAGAAGAGAAGGGGGAGGCACUCCCUGAGGCGUUCCAAGCAGGUGAAUUUGGCAAUCAAGAAGCAAGAUCUUUAUUCUUAGAUAAAAUAACUGAAGAUGACGAUGCUUAUGACUUCAGUGCAGACUAUGUAUAG